AUGAGUGUUCAGAGCCCACCCACACUCCAGAAGCUGUCAAGGCAGACUCUGCUGAGAAAUGAGGCUGUUAUCAUGUCCUCUCUGGAAGAGCUGCCUACAGUGCUCUUCCCAGCAUUGUUCAAGGAGGCCUUUGAGGGCAGGCAUAACAAGCUUUUGAAGGAAAUGGUGGCAACUUGGCCUUUCCCCUGUCUUCCUGUUGGGGCAUUGAUGAAGACACCUAACUUGGAAACCUUGCAGGCUGUCCUAGAAGGUGUAGAUAUGCGACUGACAAGAAAUAUUCACCACAGCAAGGGAAAACUUCAGGUUCUGGACCUGAGGAAUGUGCACCAUACUUUCUGGAACAUAUGGGCUGAUGAAGAGGAUGGCAGCUGUUCUUCAGAGUCCUUGGAUGACAAUCCGGUAGUGAAGGAGCCUGAUGACACCCUUGGUGAAACUCUCCAUCGUGCACUAUGGAAUUUCACAGAAAGACUUGGAUUCCUUCUCCUGCUGUCAGAGCCUCUUUCACCUAAAACAUCUGGAGAUGAGCGGUGUGAAGUGCUUUGGAUAUUAUGCAUCUGA